AUUAUCGGGAAAGUAUAAGGAUUGAAAAAGGGCUCAGAUAAUAUGGCAUCCCUAUUGAGAAAAGUGAUCACUUCAUUGAAAUCUCCAGCACCUGUUGGAGGAGCACCGUAUAAUCAAGCUAUAGUCUUCAACGACGUGGUAUACCUAUCUGGGGUAUUAGGAAUGGACAUAAAAUCCAACAAAUUGGUAGAAGGGGGUGCAGCCGCAGAAGCUAAACAGUCAUUGAAGAACAUUGGACAUAUAUUGGAAGCAGCAGGCUCGUCUUACACUAAUGUUAUCAAAAGUACGAUUAUGUUGAGGGACAUUGAGGAUUUUGGAACUGUGAAUGAGGUCUACAAACAAUUUUUCAAGAAGGAUUUCCCAGCGCGAUCCACUUACCAAGUAGGGAAACUGCCACUGAAUGCUGCUGUGGAAAUUGAAGUUAUAGCUGCAAUUGGAGAUGUGAAGACUGUUACAUCGAAAUAUUGACCUACUGAUUAUGAAAGUCAUCACUCGCAUAUGGGCAGGUACCUAUUUCAUAUUUAUAUAAUGAGUGUGUAAAUUAGAGUGAAUAAUCGAUAUGUGAUACUCCUUCAUUAAUAUUAUUAAAAUUUGUUUAGUGAAUCU